UUUUUUUUUUGGCCAAGUCCAAGUUUAACAUGGCCCGACGCGCCAGAAUCAAGUUCAGUUGCGUCGCAAACGCGUCGCGGAAAUGUUUUGCUCCGAGCAUCGUCGUCACCUCUAACGCGUCCUCCUCCGUCCCGUUGACCCUUGCUGUCCUGUAGCAGUUCUCUCCAGCUAAAAAUAGGGGAACCAAAUCAAAUUCAAUAAGCGAAGCAAAAACCUCUCAAAACCAAAGAACCCGUUUGAUUACCGUUUCUCUUCUUUUUUUUUUAAUCGAACCCAGCUGGCAGGACGAUGAAGGAGGCUCUGCCGUUGGCGGUGCUGCUGCUGUGGCUAGGUGCGGCACUGCCGCCCAGCUCCGGAUCGGCUGUGCUUAUCUCGGACAUGACCAUGACUGUGAUGGUGGAGCUCUCGUCCCGGCAUCCCUUCUGCAAGAUGCACAGAGAUCGCGGCGACAUUCAACGGAUGCUGCUGCAGUCGGAUCCACGUCGCAUCCGGCAGGUGCCGCGCGAGUCGGUAAUGGAGCUGGAGGAAGUGUGCCGGCAUCAGGGCUCCUAUGGCCAUGAGUUCCGCGGCGGCUUGGGCUUCAUCUAUCCGGGUACAAAGUGGUGUGGCCCCGGGACAGCGGCCACCAGCUACGACGAUCUGGGCGCCCAUACGCGGGAGGAUCGCUGUUGUCGGGAGCACGACAUGUGUCCGGAUGUCCUGAAUGUAGGCGAGUGCAGGCGGGGAUUGUGCAACCGGGGUACCUUCACCCGCUCCCACUGUGACUGCGACGCGAGAUUCCGGCGCUGCCUGCAGGCGGCCAACACGGAGACGGCCAACACUUUGGGUGCGAUCUUCUACAAUGUGGUGCAGGUGACGUGCUUCCAGGAGCGCAGUCCCUGCUCGGCACACCAGAGGUUCGAGGAUUUCUAUUACCGCACGAAUCAGUGCCCGGCCGAAUACCGCCAGGCGGACCUCUACGUCCCGCCGCACGGGGACAAUCUGAUAGCAAAAAUCUUGGCCCAUCCAGUGCAGCAGGGUCGUGCCCUGGCACCGGCCCUGGCCCCGGCAAAGCUCACGGCCCGCCGCUUUGGCGUUCAGCUAGCCAGCGUCGGCCUGGCGGCAGUCAACAUUAUCCGUGAGGUGGUCCAGCGUCCGCGUCUCCUCUGGGAGAGCCUGCAUGCGCCCGUCAGCCGUGAGCUGCCGCCAGGCGGCUACUUCUACGAGCGGCCAAGGUCAGGGCCAGGGCCAGGGCCAGGGUCGUCAUAUGGUAGCUACGGCAGCUACGGCUCCCGCUGGAGCUGAUGCUUGGCAGCCGAGAGAGCUCAGAAGACUGUUCCCGUGUAGUAUUAGUAGACAUAAGUAGAGCCCAGUAUAUGCAUGUGUAAAUCGACUCCUUCCUUUCCCACUCCACUGCAUCCAUUCGAUUAGUUAGUUAGUUCCACCUUCCCUUCCUUUAAAUAAAUUCGCUGAGAACUA